AUGGAAUAAAGUUUAUUCAUCUCAUAACAAGAAAUAGAACAAGUCAAUAAAUUAAAUACCAUCAACAUUAAUGUCGGUGUCUUAGGACAUAUUGAUUCUGGCAAGACAUCGCUGGUUAAGACAUUAUCUAAAGUAAUGAAUCUAUCUACCAUUUAGAUCACAUCAACAGCCUCAUUAGAUAAGAACCCUUAGAGUUAAGAGAGGGGAAUUACUUUGGAUCUGGGGUUCAGUGCAUUUUAUACUCGUAAUCCAAAUGAAUAGGGAAAGUAUCCACAAUAAAUCAUUUAAGAUAUUUUCAAUUUACAUUAGUCGAUUGUCCUGGACAUGCAUCAUUAAUUAAGACCAUCAUAGGAGGAGCACAAAUUAUUGAUAUGAUGUUUUUAGUAGUUGAUGUGACCAAAGGCAUUUAAACUUAAACUGCCGAAUGUUUAGUCAUUGGUGAGAUAUUGGCUGAUAAAUUAAUUGUGGUCUUGAACAAAAUAGACCUAGCAACUGAAGAAGUAAUUAGUAAACAAAAAAAAAUUAUUGCUAAUGUUCUAUCCAAGACAAAGUUUGGAAAUUAAGUCCCAUUAGUACCAGUCUCAGCCAUCUAAGCACUUGGAAUAGAAGAUUUAUUAGGAAUUUUACUUCAAAAUAUCACCAUCCCGAAUCGAUAGACCUAAUUGAAUAAGGGUCUGUUGUUUAUGAUUGAUCAUUGCUUCUAAAUAAAGGGAUAAGGAACAGUCACUACUGGCACCAUCAUACAAGGAUCCAUGAAGCCAAACGAUGAAGUCUUUUUUCCUAUGCUCAAUUUGAAUAAAAAGAUCAAAAGUCUAUAAAUGUUCAAGAAACCUGUGUAAAUUGGAGAACCUGGCGAUAGAAUAGCUGCCUUAUUCACUAAUCUAGAUGCAAAAGAGAUUGAGAGGGGGAUUGUUUGUUAACCAGGGAUUGUAUCACUGUUAGAAAACAUAGUUAUUGAUUUCAAGAAGAUUAGUUAUUAUAAAGGAUAAUUAAAGUCUUAGAAUAAAUUUCAUGUCACUUCAGGUCAUUUGACUGUCAUGGGAUAAUUGAAAUUGAUCAUAAGACCCAAGAAUUUAUAAUUGGAGAUCAAUAGUGAAGGGGAAUACCUGGAGGAUUAUGAAGGUAUGUAUUGAUUAUAAUCUCUUUAGAUUAUGUAAAACUUCAAGAGAAGUACAACUUGUAUGGUGUAUUAUAAUUGGAAAAACCAUUAAUUGCAUCAAUGAAUUCUUUGGUUAUUGCUUCAAAAUUGGAUACUGAUUUAGAAGCAAAUAUUUGUAGAAUUGCAUUUUAUGGAAACAUUCUGUACUCUUACUCAGCUUAAUAAAUAUUUCAAUAGAACUUUUUAAGAAUUUUCAGAAAGAAGACUAAAAAUGGAAAGGUGGAAAAGGUGAUAGACAAUUACACUUUACUUAUUAAGGAUUUAUUUAAGAAAGAAACAAAUAUUGCGAAUUACAUAGGAAAGUUGAUUGUUAUUAAAUAAGGGAAUAUACAAGGGAAGAUUGAUAGCGCAUUUGGGAAGAGUGGAAAAGUGAAAGUGUUUGUUGAAUCAGGAACUAAUUAAGACAUGGCUAAUAGUGAUGUUGUUAUGAUUUAUAAGAAAUAUCUAUUUCAUAAAUGA